AUGACGGCCGUGCUGGCGCACGAACGCCCGUUCUCCCCCGAUCCUCUGCGGUCACCCACCACCCAGCGUUACUUUCUCCACGACCACGGCAUUCCCUUCAAAUCACCCAUGCAAGAUGAAUACCCCGGGGACUGCCCCAGCCCCGUGGCAUCCACUCUCUCCUGCGUGCCUUCGCCAAACUUCACUCCGACCGGCCCGGAUCCUCUCUACACGCCCACCAACCUCAGCAGCCUCUCCCUUGACGAGAACGACCUGAUCCUGCCCGCCUACGAUACGGAGCCCAACUCCCCGGUUCGGUCGCAGUCAGAGGAGGAGGAGCAGUUCAAGGGAACGGAUCUUCCCAGCGACACGUCGGUAGAGGCCGCCGUCCUGCCACCCCCCCGAGCGUCCGCGCACCCAGCCGCCGAUGAUACCUCUGUGGAAGAUGAACCCUCGCGGCAUGUGGACUAUCUCUCGCAUGAGUGGAAGGAGGAGGAUAUUUGGGCCUCGUGGCGCUAUGUGACGACUCGCAAGAGCGAUUAUAGCAAUGGCGUCCGGCUGGAAAACGCGUCGUGGAGAACCUGGACCAAGGCAAAGAAUAACCUCGGGACAAUCUCCCCAGAGACUCUAAAUUGGUUGAAGGACUGCGACGUGACAUGGCUGUAUGGUCCCCUGAAGACAUCGGCCUCCUCGGAUGGCAUGGCGUCGGAUGGCUCGCCACCCCCGAGUCGGCUAGAAACCCCCAACUCCUACCUCGAGCGAAAACCUAUCUUAAAGAAAAAGACUGCGUCCGAGACGAUCUUGCAGCGGUCUCUGUCCCAGCACACCCUCUUGCAGCAUGCUGGCGCUAUUCUCAAGGCCCAAGAGGCCGCCAGUGGCAAUGGCUGGACCCGUCCGCCAUUCUCUCGAUCAAGCACCGAUUUGGAUCACAUCCACCAUCGGACGGGCAGCUCAACCUAUUCUCUCGGAGGCACCCUCACUGCCUCUUCCUCCUCGGGGUUGACAUCCCCGAGCGAGCGAAAGCAUAUCCACUUCAAUAACGAGGUGGUCCAGUGCAUCGCCGUUGAGGCUAAAGAAGGCGACGACGAAGACUGGCCGCUCACCUUUGACGAUGAGUCUUUUUCGGAUGAAGGUGUUGUCAUGAUGCGCCAGAUUUCGGGGGAAUCAUCCCUGAGCAACCGGAGUACGCCGCGUAACAGCUUCAGCAGCGACAGCAAAACUAUCGCCCCGCUUCCUUCCACCACUUUGAAGUACCGCCCGGACACCCCCGACCCUCGCGAAUCCAUUCUCGACCGCUGGUCCUCCACCCCAUCCUCCGCCUCGACAUUAUCCCCGACUCCAUCCGUGGAAACCCUUCGUCCACCCACUUCCUCCGCAAACUUCCUGCUCGACGACGAGGACGAAGACCCGAGUCUCGACUUUACCGGCCAUUAUCGGCGCGAUCAGCCGUGGUUUGUCCCCGAAGACGAGAACGAACCUGCCAGUCGUCCGAUGCGGCUUACUGCUUCGGGCAUGUUCAUGCCCUACAGCGAAGGGGAGGGCGAGCCCGCGAGCAAUGGUCUACUUGGCCGCGUCGUGGACACCGUCAAUACGGCGCGAGACAUUGCCCAUGUCAUCUGGAACGUUGGUUGGCGGCGGUAA